GGCGGUACUUUUGCCCUUACUAGAGAUGGCGCUGGCCAGCGUGUUGGAGAGGCCGCUGCCGGUGAACCGCCACGGGUUUUUCGGACUCGGGGGUCGAGCGGAUCUGUUGGACCUCGGUCCAGGUAGUCCCAAUGAUGGGCUGAGCCUAGCCGCGCCCAGCUGGGGUGCCCCAGAGGAACCGAAAAUCGAAAUACUUCAUGGAACCACCACCCUGGCCUUCAAGUUUCAACAUGGAGUCAUUGUUGCAGCGGACUCCCGGGCCACAGCCGGUGCCUACAUUGCCUCUCAGACAGUAAAGAAGGUGAUAGAGAUCAACCCCUACCUGCUGGGCACCAUGGCUGGGGGUGCAGCGGAUUGCAGCUUCUGGGAGCGGCUAUUGGCUCGGCAGUGUCGAAUCUAUGAGCUUCGAAACAAGGAACGCAUCUCGGUAGCAGCUGCCUCCAAGCUGCUCGCCAACAUGGUGUAUCAGUAUAAAGGCAUGGGGCUAUCCAUGGGCACCAUGAUCUGUGGCUGGGAUAAGAGAGGCCCUGGCCUCUACUAUGUGGACAGUGAAGGAAACCGGAUCUCAGGGGCCACCUUCUCUGUAGGUUCUGGCUCGGUGUAUGCAUAUGGGGUCAUGGAUCGGGGUUACUCCUAUGACCUGGAGGUGGAACAGGCCUAUGAUCUGGCCCGUCGCGCCAUCUACCAAGCCACCUAUAGAGAUGCCUACUCGGGAGGUGCAGUCAACCUCUACCAUGUCCGUGAGGACGGCUGGAUCCGAGUCUCCAGUGAUAAUGUAGCUGAUCUACAUGAGAAGUACAGUGGAUCUUCCCCCUGAAGGAGGGUGCAUGUGGCUGCUUGCGUUUCUUGGGGUGACCGUUGUUGGUGAUAUGGGAACAGCCCUCCAUCCUAGGGGGCAAGAGUCCCCAGUUGUAUUGAUUAUUUUUUUUAAGCUCUAGUGCAUCGACCUCUGUGUGUUACCAGUUGUUAAUGAGCUGCUGCAGAGGGGAUGAUUUGUUUUACUCUCUUGGAUGUUAACAUUACACUACUCGCCCUCA